CGCUACAACUCAACGAUACGGAGAGAACCGACCAGCCGAGGUCAUCCAACCAUGAAAAGACGGCCUGGCCACAUUCAGCGCACCCUGACCCUGCGCCAGGAUCAUUGUCCCCUCGAGCGCAAGGCAAGCAGCCCCAUCGGCCCCUCCUUCCGCACGAGUCGUUCGUGCUACUACAGGACAGCAUAAUACGCACCAUCCCUCCACCUUCCUCUGCGCCACCAUCCCGACCCACUUCUGGAAAGAAGACCGCUCCUCGACCGCGUGCAGGCGGCAAGGCCCAGCCAGCCGCUGCGCCGGAAAUCACCCCAGUCCCGGAUCCACCGAGCCCGUCACCCAUGUCCCAUCACCUGCAGUCCUCUCUCCGGCUCUUCAACCUUAUGUCGAGCCGGACGGACAUCGACCACCCGCUCUGCGCCGAAUGUACGCAUAUACUCCUGACCAACCUGGAGCGGCAGCUGGAGGAGACGAAGAAGGAGCGCGACGGCUAUCUGGCAUUCGAGAAGGAGGUGCGGAAGGAGAAGGAGAGGGAGAAGGAGCGAAUCGCGAAGGGUCUGGCGAUGGGGAAGGACGAGGCGGAGAGGAAGAUCGACAUGCUGAAGCAAGAGGAGUGGGUGGCUACGGAGCAGCUGAAGGAGGCGGAACGAGAGCGGGAGCAGCUUGAGGAGGAGCUAAGGGCCCUGGAGCUUGAGGAGAAGGCGUUGGAAGAGGAGGAAGCGGAUUUCUGGCGAGCACACAACGCCCAGCUCCUAGUGGCCUCGCAGCAAAGUUCGCAGUUGGCGGCGCUUCGCGCAGCAUACGCAGCGGACUCUGCGACGCUUGAGAAGCUGGAGCGGACGAAUGUCUAUAACGAUGCGUUCUGCAUUGGACACGACGGUGUCUUCGGCACAAUCAACGGUCUUAGGCUCGGACGGGUACCAGGAGUACCUGUAGAAUGGACCGAGAUCAACGCUGCAUGGGGCCAAACGUUGCUGUUGCUAUAUACUAUCUCACGCAAACUGGAGUUCACCUUCGAGCACUAUCGUUUAGUGCCGAUGGGCUCCUUCUCACGCAUAGAGCGGAUUAGCGGGGAUAAGGCCAGCUACGAGCUGUACGGUUCCGGAGACCUGCAUAUCGGCCGGUUGCUGCACAACCGCAGGUUCGACUUUGCGAUGGUGGCGUUUCUGGAGUGCCUGAAGCAGGUCACGGACUACGCCAAGGGACAAGAUCCGAAUCUUGACUUCCCACAUCAGAUUGUGAAGGACAAGAUUGGCGAAGCGAGCGUGAAGUUGCAAUUCAGUCAGGAAGAGCAAUGGACGCGUGCCCUGCGGCAUGUGCUUCUGGCGCUCAAGAUUCUCUUGAAGUGGACGACGAGCGGAAGCAAUGGGUGAGAACGCGCUACUUAUGGAUAGCUCCGUUCUGAGGUUAG